AUGAGGACCAAGAGCAGCAACCCAGCAAGCACAAGCGAGUCUCGGUUCUUAGGAAACAUUUCCACUUCAUCGCUUCGAAACCUCCUUCCCAGAUCCAUUUCCACAAAGCCCAGCAAAUCCAUUUUCAGCUCUCGAAACCCUUCCUCUAAUGCCGAAAAUACCCCUCCCCUCGAUCCUAACGUCCAGACCAAGUACGUAGACUACGACUCUGCUUCGGCAACCAAGCCAGUGCUUUCCGAUUCAUCCAAAUCUCGGAUCACCGAGGUCGCCCCAUCGGACGGCCAGAAACAACCCUCCGCUACUCUCGACCCACCGGUGAAGAGUGAGACUGAUCCAUCCGACGGUGACGGUGGAGUCCUGCCACCUCCGGACCCAUCAGUGAAGGUUGUGGCGAGAAUUAGACCUACUAAAGAUGGUGAAAAUUGGGGAGAUCGGACGGUUAAGAAGGUUUCUCCGCGUACAUUAUCCGUUGGGGACCGUACAUUUUCAUUUGAUUCGGUUUUUGAUUCAAAAUCCGGUCAGGAAGAUGUUUUUCAGAAGGUUGGUGUGCCGUUGGUUAAAAAUGCCUUAGCCGGUUACAAUACUUCAGUCUUGUCAUAUGGACAGAGCGGAAGCGGUAAGACAUACACGCUAUGGGGUCCGCCAAGUGCCAUGGUUGAGGAUUCCCGUCCUGGUAGUUGCCAGGGUAUUGUUCCUCGCAUCUUUGAAAUGCUGUUCCGUGAGAUUCAGAAGGAGCAAGAGAACUCCGAUGGGAAACAGUUAAAUUACCAGUUCCGUUGUUCUUUUCUUGAGAUAUACAACGAACAAAUAGGAGAUUUACUUGAUCCAACCCUGAGGAACCUUGAGAUCAAGGAUGAUCCCAAAAAUGGAGUGUAUGUUGAGAACCUGACUGAGGAGUAUGUGACUAGCUAUGAGGAUGUGACACAAAUUCUGAUUAAGGGGCUUUCAAGUAGAAAAGUUGGAGCAACUAGCAUGAACUCUAAGAGCUCUAGGUCCCAUAUUGUUUGUACUUUCAUCAUCGAGUCAUGGUGUAAGGAGACCUCAUCCAAGUGUUUUGGUAGUUCAAAAACAAGCAGAAUGAGCUUUAUUGAUCUUGCUGGCCUAGAUAGAAAUAAAGUUGAUGACUCAGGUAGACAAUGUGCAAGGGAAGACAAAUAUGUAAAGAAGUCCUUGUCACGGCUUGGGCUUUUGGUAAAUACUCUUGCAAAAGCGCCUCAGUCUGGAAAAUCUGAAGAUGUGCCAUAUAAGGCUUCUUGCUUAACUCAUUUACUGCAAGAAUCAAUUGGUGGCAAUUCAAAACUAACGGUCAUCUGCGCUGUCUCCCCAGAUAACAAAAAUGAUGGUGAGAUACUGAGAACACUAAGAUUUGGAGAACGAGUGAAAUAUAUUAGGAAUGAGCCAGUAAUAAAUGAAAUAACAGAAGAUGAUGUCAAUGGUCUGACUGAUCAAAUUCGUCAGUUGAAGGAAGAACUUAUAAGAGCAAAGUCUAGUGGCUCAUUUGGGAGUAAUAAUGGAUAUUUUCAAGGGCGAAAUGUACGUGAAAGCUUGAAUCAAUUACGAGUGAGCCUGAAUCGCUCUUUGAUUUUACCCCACAUAGAUAAUGAUUCUGAUGAAGAGGUAAAUGUGGAUGAAGAUGAUGUAAGAGAAUUACGUCAGCAGCUUCUGCAGAAUUCUUCUGAAGAUGUAAGAGAUUAUUCUGUCAGUAGAGAUUCUGUUCAGUUUGGUGGAAGUUGUGAUACAGACUUGGCCAGUGAAGAUGAUUUUCAUAGUUCAGACGAAAAGGAAAUUGAUCUGAAAGAAUCUCAGGAUGAGCUUCCUCUUCCUUGUAAGGACAACUUUGAAUUGGCAGAUAACAGUGUUCUUACCACCUCAAAGGCUAUCAAUCCAGCAAUCAAAAGUGGUGUUUCAAUCAGUUUAUGCUGUCAAUCUCCAUUCCUCCAAGACCCAACAUUGUCUGAGUCUCCAAAGCUUAGAAAUGCACAAAGAAAAAGUGUCACCUUCUCAUCGAUUUGUUCAGUCAGUCAGAACAAUAUAUCAGACAAUUCCAAGUUAAAGUCAGAUGUAUUGAGACAGUCACUUAAUCAGAGUGAACACACUCAAUCCUCUUUGCGGUCAAGCAAGAUAUUUCCAGGCCCCACUGAGUCAUUGGCUGCCAGCCUUCAGAGGGGCUUACAGAUCAUUGACCAUCACCAGCAGAACUCUGCACCUAGCAAAUCCUCAGUCUCGUUCUCCUUUGAGCACUUGACACUGAAACCUAGGCCAGAAGUUGACAGAGCUAAUUCUUCAGCUCAGACAAUACCAGAAACAAGGCCAUCCAUAGAUGGACCAUCUGCCUCUUUACUUUGUGCGUCUUGCAAAAGAAGAGUGUUUAAAGAUGAUACCAAUGAUGCCCAGGAUAGCUUGAAGACAUGGACUGUAGCAGUUAAUGAAGCUGGAAGUUCUAACCAAAUGACAGAGCAUGCAAUGGAAAAGGCUGCAAAGCAAGAGGAGCUUGAGAUUCGUUGCAUGGAGCAAGCAGCUAAAAUUGAGCAGUUAAAUCAACUGGUCGAGCAAUACAAAAGUGGGAAAUCUUAUUCAUCUGCAGAAAAUGGUAAAGAAAUGAUACCAUAUGAUGAGUUCAAAGAUGGAAACAAGCUUUUGAGGGACAGUUCUGUUGAUAUUCUCCAACCAGAGAUUAUAAAGGAGAAAUGUGAAAUAAAGGAAAUCCAGAAUGAGUUGGAUCUUGGGUAUGGAGGUGCAGAUUUUGAUCUAAAUGAGAAGGAAGCACUUCUUAAGGAGGUUCAGAUGUUAAGGAGCAAAUUGCAGUCACGUACUGAUGCAUCACCCAACAAAUCUAUUGAGAAACUGAGAUCCUCUUUAUUGUCACGAUCCAUGCAGCUGCGAAAAAGUGGUACAUAUGGAGAUAACACCGAGGAAGAACUAGAGAGGGAAAGACAGAGAUGGACAGAAAUGGAGAGCGAUUGGAUUUCCUUAACUGAUGACUUGAGGGUAGAUCUUGAAUCCAACCGCCGGCGAGCAGAGAAGGUGGAGAUGGAAUUGAGAAUGGAGAAGCAGUGCACUGAAGAGUUGGAUGAUGCGCUUCAUAGAUCAGUGCUUGGACAUGCUCGAAUGGUUGAGCACUACGUUGAACUACAAGACAAAUACAAUGACUUGGUGGGAAAGCACCGCGCAAUCAUGGAAGGAAUAGCAGAAGUGAAGAGGGCAGCGGCAAAGGCUGGAGCUAAAGGUCGUGGUUCUCGUUUUUCCAAAUCCCUCGCAGCAGAGCUCUCUGUACUGAGAGUGGAAAGAGAGAGGGAGAGGGAACUUUUGAAGAAGGAGAACAAAAGUCUCAAGAUUCAACUUAGAGAUACUGCAGAAGCUGUUCAUGCUGCUGGAGAACUCCUUGUUAGGCUUAGAGAAGCUGAACAUGCAGCAUCUGUUGCAGAGGAGAAUUUUACGAGUGUGCACCAAGAAAAUGACAAGUUAAAGAAGCAAAUUGAGAAGCUUAAAAGGAAGCACAAGAUGGAAAUGAUCACCACAAAGCAGUACCUGGCAGAGAGUAAAUUGCCAGAGUCUGCUUUAAAACCACUAUAUCGCGAGGAUUCUGCCAAUUCACAAAACACAGUCCUGGAUGAUGAUCAGGCAUGGAGAGCAGAAUUCGGAGCGAUAUAUCAAGAGCAUUACUGA